AGGAUUUUCUGGACGGAUACACCCAGAACACGCCUCACUUUCUUACGAAGUUGUUUUUUUUCACCGCAGCAUGAACAGCUUUGGGUUGCUAUUUAACCACAUUCUUUCUGAAUGCGUUUGUGUCAGGUGAUGAGGCAAGUGACAGGAAGCAAGUGACAGCGUAGUUACAUAGUAGAGGCAGUUUGAAGCGCUGAGGGGCUAACCUAGCAGUCUAGCGUAUUUUUUUUAAACGUACGCAAAAUGUAAUUCGUUUCGUAUCUCCAUGAACGCAGGUGUGAGUACAGGAAGUCGUUUGUUCACAUUCCAUACCACGCCCAUCUGCCAGCAAGCUGUAUACGGCAGGCUAAUUACAUAGCUACAUAGCGUGCUUUUAUGUUAGCACAUCAGAUAAUAUUGUGCCGAGAAGAAAUUAUGAAAUGACUAAAGCAAAAUAUCAUAAACGGAGAACAUAUUCAUUUCUAAUUACACUACGCGAUGGGUUGGAUACCUUACUUCUUAAGCCAUCAGUCUAGCUAGCUAGUUAACUUAGCCAACAUACGAUAGGCCAGGUAUUGACUGGAUUGUUUACCUAGUUGCGCAUUUGACAUCGUCAUGGACUCAGAUCAUUCGUGUUCUUCGAAUCGACCUGCUGACAUACAACGUAAAGAAGAGUCUGCUCCACUGAUUGGAGAGUUGAGGCCCAUUCACCCCCCAUCAGUGGAUGGUCGCGCCGGCUGCGAGACCUGGAGCGUCGAGUUCUCUCCGGAUGGCUCGUACUUCGCGUGGUCCAAAGGAUAUGGCAUUGUGCAGUUGCUUCGGUGGCCACUACAGGGCAUCGAAUGGCAUGGAACUCCGCAGUUCACUGCUGCAGCGAAGGAGAGGACUUUGGACUGUGGGCAGACUGUAUGGGGUUUAGCCUUUGGACCACGUGCAUCCAGGUAUGCAGGUCGGUCAGAUGAUCAGCUGAGACGGACUAGUGAAACGGCACAGCCUUUGCUUCUUGCGACUGGUCUGAGCAACGGAGAAAUUAAAGUCUGGGAGGUCGAGACCGGCCGCCUCUGUUUCAAUCUCAGAGGACAUCAGUCUAUUGUGAGGGACUUGGUUUUCGCUCCCAACGGAAGCCUCACCCUCGUGUCUGGGUCCCGUGACACAACCCUGCGGAUCUGGAACCUGAAGAAGUCGGACAAUUCCCAGGUCCUGAAAGGACAUACUGAUUGGGUCUAUAGUGUCAGCGUUUCUCCGGACUGUAGCAUGAUUGCAUCUGUCUGCAGAAGGAAUCCAAAAGUGUUCUUGUGGAGCCUGCGGUCGUACACGUUCAUCAGGCACCUCCAGAACGCCAACACCUGGCAGGUGUCGUGCGACUUCUCGCCAGACGGCGCGCUGUUGGCCACGGCGGCGUACCUGGCCAAUUGGGAGACGUCCUUGUGGGACCCUUACACCGGGGAGCACCUCUUCCGGCUGCAGGAGUGUUUCAGCUGCAACUUUCCGAUAAUGGAUAAUCCGAUCAGGGCUGUCCGUUUCUCUUCGGAUGGUUUGCACCUGGCUUUUAUCACAAUGGACAGAGAGAUAAGGGUCUGGGAAAUUGGACAGGACGAGCCUUUGAUAGAAUCAGAACGCCGCCACUUCUCAUGUGGGCUGUGCUGCACAUUCCACCCACAAGGGGGAGUCAUUGCUACAGGGACACGAGACGGACACGUGAAGUUCUGGAACGUGCCACAGGCGGUGCCCAGCCUGGUGCACUUCUGCAGGAUGGCCCUGCGCUUCUCGGUCUCCACCCACCAGGUGAUGGCGCUGCCCAUCCCCGGCAAGAUAAGGGACAUCCUGACCUACAGGAACUACGAGGAGCACUACGAUCUGCUCUGCUCCUACCAUAGGUGCAGGCAGUGAGAAAAUAAAACUGUUCGAUGUGCCUGAAGGGCUACUCGCUGCAUCUCGGCCUACGGUCAGUACUGCAGUGGUGCAGCCGGCAAGACUGGGUGUAUAUUCUUAAAGAGGGGGAGUGCUGGUCUAGGAUCAGGUCCAGAUCUUAUCCAGAGCGACUUACACAACUUUUUUUUAUAGCAUUUACAUUGUAUCCAAUUAUACAGCUGAUAUAUACUGAAGCAGUGCAGGUUAAGUACCUUGCUCAAGGGUACAACGGAAUCGAACCUGCAACCUUUAGGUUACAAGACCAACUCCUUAGCCACUAUCCUAGAUCAGUGCUCUGCCCUGAGAUGCUUCCUGGGGCCCAGGUAUUGAAGACAACCAGGAUCUCUUUCCACUGCUACAGGAGUGGCCAACCUUCUGCUUUUUAUUUUCACCUUCAAUACCACAACCCCUUCAGACCUGAGAAACCAGGUUAGGUGAGUUCACCGUGUCAUCGACUGCCAAAGUUGAUCAAUUAAGUGCUGAGCAGCAACAAAUCCAACAGGCCCUGUGGCUCUCUAGGACUUGGGUUUGGCCACCCCUGCACUACAAGUCUUGGUUGAACCAGAGGUGGCAAAGCAGUUCAGCAGUGACUCUUGAGCUGGGCUACUCAAAUCUGGCCCCGGGUGAGAUUUCUGGUUUGCAUUCCUCUCCUCUAAUCAGGGACGGAUUUAAACCUGACACACCAAGUGAGUGUAAUUUCUGACCAAACAUUAUUGGACUGCACUAUCGAUCAGACGGGAAAACUAGCAGUACCAUGUAAACAGUUCAUUUGAAAUCAUCAAUCUAAAUGAAUGUAUUCUGAAUGAUGAAAUAUUCUACAUGUAAACGUGGCUAAUGGGUAGAUAAAGAAAAUAGUUCAGUAGGCUAUCUUUAUGUGCAUUUUAACCUAAUUUAAUGUUGUGCAGUUACUGAAGAAUACUAUUCAACUCAGGGUUUUACAGUGUCGUUUAAGUUAUGUAAAAGAACAGACAAAAACAUUUUUCCCCCCAUAACUUGAAUAUAUUAUAAAUUCUGUAAAUAUUUAUUUUCCAUGUAUUCACUGUACAUAUUAAAAAUUUCUCAUUUAAAUUAAUGGUGAUAAAAAAAACCAAGAGAAAGUAUUUAAAGGCGAUGUUAAUGUUAUUUUUUUUGUUUUACAGUUUACUGUAUGACCCUAUAGUACUCUCAUGUUUAGAAGCAGGAUUGAAUGGAUGAGUUUGAGUUGUUCAUCAGAUAUUCUCUCGCGUAGCUGUUUUUUGUAGACAUGACGCAAUUUAAUACAGUAAAAUGUGAUGUGAUCAGCAA